AUGUCCUCUUGGACUUGGCCUUCGAAAAAUGCCCGUCGCUCGCGGUUGAGGCUCAUCACCGGCCGCCAUCUUGCGACGGUCGGCGUGGUCCUCAGCUUCCUCUACAUCUUUUACGUCUUCGUGGUACCGCAACUUCUACGAUUUCGCUUCCGCACGGAUUUGAGUCGAUAUGACCUGGGUCUGUAUGGGUUUGGCCCUUCAACCGGCUAUGUUUCCUUUGACUACGAAUCGCCGAUGGUCGAAAUCACGGAAUCAGAUGCAGGAUGUGACCCGCGAUACACUUUUCUUGCGCCUCGUGGCGAUUCGGUUGCCCAAGCAGGUCCCAUGAUUCUCGACGCUCAGGGCAAUCUAGUUUGGAUGAAGUAUAACUGGGACACCACACAGGAUUUCAAAGUCCAGCGAUAUAAGGGUGAAGAUUUCUUAACCUACUGGGAAGGUCGCGAGGUCGAGACUCGCGGCUAUGGAUCGUGGUAUAUGCUCGAUUCGUCUUACAUCCAACGAUACGUGAUUAACCCCGUCGGCAACUACGGUGGUGACCUGCACGAAUUCACGAUAACCAACGAAGGCACGGCCCUGGUGACUAUCUACGACCCAACGCCAGUGGAUCUGACAGAUGUCGGCGGCCCAGAACUAGGCUGGAUAUUUGACGGCGUGUUCCAGGAGAUCGAUAUCGAGACCGGUGAAUUGCUGUUCGAGUGGCGCGCUUCAAAACACUAUCCCGUCAACAGCACGUACGAGCCCCUGGGCAAGGCCGGGAAAGAUCGCACCUCAGCUUUUGACUACUUCCACAUCAACAGCGUCGAGAAAGAUGACCUGGGAAAUUACAUUGUUUCUGCCCGACACGCCCAUUCGGUCGGCUGCAUUGAUUCCAAGACAGGAUCGUUAUUGUGGACACUAGGGGGCAAGAUGAAUGAUUUCACUGACCUCUCCGAUGGCGAAGCAACGAAUUUCGCCUGGCAACAUGAUGCGCGGUGGCACGCAAACAACACUUUAACGCUGUUUAACAAUGCCGCCCACUCAAAUAAUGACCCCGACAAUGAGAGUUGUGGGAUGGCCAUUGAAUUAGAUAUUGCCUCCAAGGAGGCAAGAUUGCUGGCCGCUUACUAUCAUCCCCAACAGAUGAAGUCCGUCUCACAAGGCAACGUACAGAUGCUGGAUGAUACCGGCCGGGUUCUAGUUGGUUGGGGCCACAGUGCCGCCUAUAGCGAAUUCAGCGCCGAUGGAGAACUGCUGUGCAAUGUCCAUUUCGGCGCAUCAGCUUUCUUCACCUUCGGGCGUGUUGUCUCUUACCGUGCCUUCAAAGGUAACUGGGUGGGACACCCUCAGACGACCCCGGACGCUGAGGUCGACGGUGAUAAAGUGUACGUGAGCUGGAACGGCGCAACAGAAGUUACCUCAUGGAGAUUGGAGGUGUGGGACUCCGACGAUUUGACCGAGUCCUCAUUUGGGGUCGUGGCGCAAUUUGCAAAGACCGGGUUUGAGACGGAAGUCGACAUUCCUGGGGACCUUGGUCCUUUAUUCCGGCUCGCGGCUCUAGACUCGGACGGGAAUGUUCUUGGGGUCACCGACGUGCUCCAGAAAGAGCAAAGGUCGAGAUUUGACAAGCUUCUCGAUCUGCACAAUUGGAUUUUGGGCUUCGCUAUGGUGGUAAGUGUCGGUGGGCUGCUUGCUGGUCUGUAUCGGUGCUGCUGCUGUUGCAAACUCUUCAAGCUAUAUCGAUCUCGCUCUAGCGAGUACCAAUUGGUGGCUAUGAACGAAAAUGGUGAACAUCCGCCUGUAUGA